AUGGGAACACACUCCGAUGAUCUUAAGAGGACAGAUAUACUCCCAGAGAUACUCCCAGAAGAGGCCAGAGAUACUCCCAGAAGUGGCCAGAGAUACUCCCAGAAGAGGCUAGAGAUACUCCCAGAAGAGGCUAGCGAUACUCCCAGAAGAGGCCAGAGAUACUCCCAGAAGAGGCCAGAGAUACUCCCAGAGAUACUCCCAGAAGAGGCUAGCGAUAUUCCCAGAAGUGGCCAGAGAUACUCCCAGAAGAGGCCAGAGAUACUCCCAGAGAUACUCCCAGAAGAGGCUAGAGAUACUCCCAGAAGUGGCCAGAGAUACUCCCAGAAGAGGCCAGAGAUACUCCCAGAGAUACUCCCAGAAGAGGCCAGAGAUACUCCCAGAAGAGGCCAGAGAUACUCCCAGAAGUGGCCAGAGAUACUCCCAGAGAUACUCCCAGAAGAGGCUAGCGAUAUUCCCAGAAGUGGCCAGAGAUACUCCCAGAAGAGGCCAGAGAUACUCCCAGAGAUACUCCCAGAAGAGGCUAGAGAUACUCCCAGAAGUGGCCAGAGAUACUCCCAGAAGAGGCCAGAGAUACUCCCAGAGAUACUCCCAGAAGAGGCCAGAGAUACUCUGACGGUCGACCAGUGGAAAAUUACAUCCGAAUUUAAUUGGACGAGAAACAGUCAAGAAGGUCGGACUUUAUCCUAA